GCUACAUUGACAGCAGUGUAGAUUUGUGUUUAUCUCUGUGUUUAUGACACUCUAGUGCAAAAACUUCAUUACAGAUAGCUUGUUCUUCUCAACGGAACAAAUAUAUAACAGUUAACCCGCCGUCGGAUGAACAUUUGACCAAGGUUUGAAGGACCUGUGGAGAAAAUGAGUCGAAGCCGGAACCCUCCACAGAAGGGCCAGGGGGCCGCCAGGGCCAAACAGAUGGGACUGCUGCUGGAUUUGGCUCCUGACGGCGGUCUGGAUGACUCCGGAGGAAAUGAUGAGGAUCUGGAGGCGGAGCUUCUGGCACUGAUGGGAGGAGGAGGGAGGAGCGGUCCAGCCGGCAAGAGACCCGGAGGAAAAGCUCCGGUGCCCAUGGAGGACAUCGAGCGGAUGGCAGCGCUUUGUAUGAAAGACCUGGACGAGGACGGAGAUGACGAUGGUGAUUUGGAGAACGAUGCUGAUCUUUUGGCCGAGUUGAAUGAUGUGCUGGAAGACGAUGAGGAGCAAGUGGUCAGGAAACCUCCUCCGUCACCAGUGCCUCCUCAACGCUCCAGUGCAGCGCCCACAUCCCAGAAUGCACCUGCCAGCCUGGAGGCUCGUCUGCAAGAGCGCUUGGACAUGUACCAAACCGCCAUCACCAACGCCAAGGCCGCGGGGGAGACCAGCAAAGCACGGCGAUACGACCGCGGACUGAAGACUCUACAGUCCAUGCUGACGUCAGUUAAAAAGGGGAAGCCCAUCAGUGAAGAUGAGAUUCCUCCUCCUGUGGCCACUGGGGGAAACCCCUCCGCUGCUCCGCAGGCCGAGCCAAUCACAGAGCUAGAGAAACCAGCUCCAGCAAACACGCCACCGCAGACGGCCAACGUCAAGCCAGUCGCUCCGCCCAAACCUCAGCUGCUACAGCCUCCACCACAGAGAGUGACGGCCAUGACACCCGAUACACCCGCCAUAUCACCCCUCACACCCGGCCAGCCCAGCACACAGCACUCGGAGCUCAAAGCCGGUGUAUUAAGCAGACAGAGAGAGUAUAAGCUGGCAGCGUUAAAGGCCAAGCAGAGCGGGAACACUGAACAAGCCAAACAACUCUACCAAGUGUUCAAGAGACUGGACUCGGUGGUGGAGAGUGUUGACCGAGGGGAGUUCGUGGACCUCAGCUCACUGCCGCCCCCUCCUGGAGAUGUUGAAGUGCCACGCUCUGACCCUCCUCAGCAGUCCUCCAAACCAGCCGCCCCUCCUGCUGCACCCGCUGCUGCCCCAGACACAGCUCUCUCUGCUCCCCGGAGCGUCGCCGAGGCCUUACAGCAGCGCAUGGACAAAUACAGAGAAGCUGCAGAGAGCGCCAAGAGCAAAGGAGACGAGCGCAAGGCACGCAUGCACCAGCGCAUUAUCAAGCAAUAUCAAGACGCCAUUAAAGCUCAUAAAGCGGGACGGCCGGUGAAUUUGGCAGAACUUCCUGUUCCUCCAGGUUGUCCUCCGCUGCAGGGCACUGAGGGCGGCGAGCAGAACUUUAUGGGCGUCCUGGAGACCGCUAUGAAGCUGGCCAAUCAGGACGCAGAUGCAGACGCAGACGCAGAUGAGGAACCGCAGAAGCCAUCAGCUCAGCCUGCCGUUCAGAAAUCCAGAGCUCCCGCUCCUCCGAAAGCCUCGUCCGCUGCAGGGACGCCCACCGGCUCCACUAACACCCCCAAACUAGGAGGGAAAGCCCAGCAGCAGCUGGAUUUCCUGACCAUACGCCGACAGCAGUUCGUGAAGGCCGCGCUGCGCUCUAAAGAGAUGAAGGACAUGCAGGGAGCUGCUCAGCACCUGAGGAACGCUAAAGGACUCGAGCCCAUGAUCACUGCCGCCAAGGCCGGACUUCCUGUGGACAUCAGCAAGGUGCCGGCCGCUCCGGUCAGUGAGGAUGACUACAGACUGUCUCAUUCCCGCUCGUCCGCUCUGUCUCCGCGCUCACUCGAGCAGUACACUCAGCUGAUGGCACAGCUCAAACAGCAGCACGAGAAAUGCCUGGCGUACUCGCAGCAGUUCACUCAUAUGGGCAACGUAGCAGAAACCGCCAGGUUUGAGAAGCUGGCUGAGGAAUGCAUGAGUAAUAUUGAAGUGCUGAAGAAAGCUCACGCUAAAGGAAGAUCAGUUCCUAAAUACCACACAGAGGAGCGCACCUUCAACUCUGUCAAGAUCUUUCCUAACCUGACGUCCAGUGAGAUGGUGCUGACCAUCGUGAAAGGAAUCAACCUGCCCACUCCUCCAGGAGUCUCAGCCAACGAUCUGGACGCGAGUGUGCGCUUUGAGUUCCCGUUCCCCAGCGCCGAAGAAGCUCAGAGAGACAAAACCAGUACUGUGAGGAACACCAACUGCCCAGAGUUUAAGGAGCAGUUCAAGCUGAACAUCAAGCGAGAUCACAGGGGCUUUAAGAGAGUGGUUCAGGCCAAAGGCAUCAAGUUUGAGAUCGUACACAAAGGCGGUCUCUUCAAGACAGAUAAAGUGGUGGGAAGUACUCAGCUGAAGCUAGAGGCUCUUGAGAACCAGUGUGAGAUCAGAGAGAUCAUUGAUGUGUUGGACGGACGCAAGGCGACGGGAGGGAAGCUGGAGGUGCGAGUGAAGAUCCGCGAGCCACUGUCUGGAGUUCAGCUGCAGCCGGUGACGGAGAAGUGGCUCGUCAUCGACCCGCUCACACCCUCACCGGAGAAGGACAGAGAGCGAGAGAAGGACAGAGAGAGGGAGAAGGACAGGGAGAGGGAGACAAGCAGGGAAAAGGAUCGGCAGGCUCCUUUGGAUCCGAGAUCCAAACCUAGGAACGAUCACGACAGGAACUCUAAACCAAGCUCGUCUCCUCCGCAGUAUAAGAUGCACAGCUUCGGUCUGCUUCACCACGACAAAGAGAGGCUGGAGUGGAAGAUCAACGAGUGUAAGAAGAACAGACGAGACCCGUCAGAGCUGAUCAAGCAGCACAUGGACGUGUGUCAGAGACUGCAGUGGCAGAAAUCAUACCUGGAGAAACAUCCGGCAGCACUCACAGAAUAUGAAAAUGUGCUGCGGAAGUUUGUUCACGGUCUGUCAGAUUCAGUUAAAACGUUUUCCAGCCAAGGCAACAGGGAUGCAGCAAAAGACGCCCUCGGCCGACUGAAGAUCGUGGAGAACGAGCUGGAGUCAGUCAGGAAAAAACGGGCCAUCAGAGAGUGACACGACUGUCUGCUUCUGAAAUCAUGAGAAUAGAAAUGAAUCCUGACAGAUAUAAAAGAGCUGCAGAGGGAAGCACACACACACACACACACGUAUGCAAUUAAGCACCUUUGACAUUGCUGCUCUUCAUUACUCUGCGGUCCAGACCAUCAAAACUUUCCUCAGUUUGACGUCUGAAUGUUUCGAGGGAGAUCAAACUGAUCUCAGCUCAUGCAAAAAUAAUCACCAGUCAAACACUAAAGCAGAAAUCUCACAAAACACAUCAACAUUUAGAAAAAGAGAUAAUAAAAAUCUGUUAUAAAAUAAAAUAAUAAAAGGGAAUAUUAGGAAUAAGUGGAUUUUAUAUAUAUAAAUUAAUUUGUGAGAUUUCCCCAAGCAAUGCUGUGUGUGUGUGUGUGUGUGUGUGUGUGUGUGUGUGUGUGUGUGUGUGUGUGUGUGUGUGUGUGUGUGUGUGUGUAUCACAUAAAUGAAAUAAGGGUUAUCAGAGAACAGGAUUACAGACGGUCAUUCAUUCCCUCUGACAGUUGUAUGUACCUAACACUACAAAAGAGAAAUAGUUAUUUUAUUUGAAUCCAGUUUUGUGUCUGUCUUCUGUCUGAUAUGGCUCUUCCUAACCUCUCUUUCACAUAUAAACGCUGUUAAUCUGCCGUCUUUACAGUAGUCUGUGUCCUCCAGUAUUCCCAGAUUAGGAUAAUGCCACUGCACUGCUGUGAUAUGGGAAUAAUCUCAGCACUCCAGGGAAGAUGUUCAAGUGUGUGUUAGAAGGAGCAGAUGCUGAUAAUAUCCCACAAUCCUGGAUUAUCCGCACCCCGCUGCUUCGGGGGAGGAGAUGAAAUGGGGCUGUUUCGGGUGUGUUUCGGGUGUGUGUGUUCUGGGUCUGUUUGGUUUGAUAAGGUGGAGUGAGAGGUUUUGUAUCCGGGUGAUUCUGGUCAUUCAUAUGCUGAGAUCAGCAUGUUUCUAGGAAAGCUGUCGCCUCUUCUUCUGUUUCUUCUUGUCUGUUUCAGAGUCCGAGAGUAUCUGCUUUAACCCCUGACUGACACAGUCCAAACCUCUUGUUGUUUGUGUAGAGAAGAUCUCAGCAUGUGCAACAGUCAGCCAUUAUAUCAACCGUUUGGUUGCGGGUUUUUUUUUCUUUUAUUUGGCACACGAUCACCUCUUAGGAUGCUGUCUGAACCGUUAGCCUUCAUCAUCCUCGUUCACUCCAGCAUGUACAGAUCAGGUUCAUUAGGGUCUCUGAAGGCAAUCACUGCUAAUGUAUUAAUGUAUGUACUGAUUUCCUGACGAUGGGUCUAUUAUUUAAAGCUGCAUUAAUUUGUUAAUGUGUCUAUGGUGAAGGAUAUGAUAAUGCCUAAUGUAAUCAUUAAAAAUUAAAGAUGACAAAAA